AUGGAUACCGUCGAAAAGUCCGUCGCAAACGAUCCAAGACCAGAUGCAGGUCUUGGAAAAAUCCAUGAACCUCCCAAUGGAGGAGAAACAUUACAUUCAAAAGAGAAAGCAGACAUCAACAGCAACGAUCUCGAAGCAGGCUCACAAAAAAGCACACCCCAACAACAAAUCAACCCCUCACCAACAACAGCACCACCCUUCAAAGCCCUCAGCUUCCUAGACCGCUUCCUAGUAAUCUGGAUAAUCCUCUCCAUGGCCCUAGGAAUCAUCCUCGCGAACCUCGUCCCAUCCACAGGCCCCGCCCUACAGCGCGGAACAUUCGUAGGAGUUUCCAUCCCCAUAGCAAUCGGUCUCCUCGUCAUGAUGUAUCCCAUCCUCUGCAAAGUCCGCUUCGAAACCCUCCAUCUCCUGCUCCGCCACCGGGACCUCUGGAAACAAAUCGCGAUAUCCUUCGUGUUGAAUUGGWUUCUCGCGCCUUUGUUCAUGACGGCUUUGGCUUGGGCUUUUCUGCCCGAUAGGAGGGAAUUGAGAAAUGGGCUCAUCUUUGUGGGCGUGGCGAGGUGUAUUGCCAUGGUGCUCAUCUGGACGGAUUUGGCCGGUGGUGAUGGGGAUUAUUGUGCUGUUUUGGUGGCUUUUAACAGUAUUUUGCAGAUUGUGCUGUUUGCUCCCAUGGCUGUCUUUUAUGUGCAAGUCGUCUCGCGGGAUCCAACUGGAGGUGGAGUUGGAGAGGGUCUAUACUCGCAUGCUGCAACUUCCGUUGCCGUCUUCUUGGGAGUACCUUUGGGCGCUGCGAUCGUCACACGGCUGGUUCUCAGACGACUGAUGGGAGAGCACAACUAUCAGUUCUACUUUAUUCGGUUCGUGGCGCCGUUCUCACUGAUUGGACUGCUCUACACAAUCAUUGUCCUGUUUGCAUCGCAGGGAUUGCACGUUGUUCAGCAGAUUACAUCCGUUUUGAGAGUCUGUGCGCCAUUGGUCGUUUACUUCUUGGUUGUGUUUACUGCUACGGCCUAUAUGAUGUGGAAGACGGGAUUCGGCUACAAAGUCAGUUGCACACAAAGCUUCACAGCAGCGAGCAAUAAUUUUGAGUUGGCGAUUGCUGUUGUGGUGGCAGUGUACGGCGCGGGAUCGCAGGAAGCACUUGCGGCUACGGUGGGCCCAUUGAUCGAAGUACCGGUGCUAAUAGCAUUGGUGUAUGUCAUCAAGUGGUGCCAAAAGCGCUGGAGCUGGGAAGGAUAG